AUGAGCGCAGAACCCGACCACACUCAUGAUAAGAAGAGGGUGCACCUUCAGGACGCCUCUGGCGCCGAGAAGAAAGAGGAACUCGAUACCGCAACAGCCAUCCUAAAGAAGAAGAAGAAGCCCAACUCAUUGAUUGUGACCGAUGCCGUCAAUGAUGAUAACUCCGUUAUUGCCCUUUCCAACAACACUAUGGAAACCCUCCAACUCUUCCGCGGUGACACAGUUCUGGUUAAGGGCAAGAAACGGAAAGACACCGUUCUGAUUGUGUUGGCGGAUGAUGAUCUUGAUGAUGGAAGUGCCCGCAUCAACCGUGUGGUGAGGCACAACCUCCGUGUCAAGCACGGCGAUGUCAUCACUGUUCAUCCAUGCCCUGAUAUUAAAUAUGCCAAGCGUAUUGCCGUUCUCCCCAUCGCAGACACUGUUGAGGGUCUCACCGGCUCCUUGUUCGACGUCUUCCUUGCCCCCUACUUCCGCGAAGCCUACAGACCCGUGAGACAGGGCGACCUGUUCACAGUAAGAGGAGGUAUGAGGCAAGUGGAAUUCAAGGUCGUGGAAGUGGAUCCUCCGGAGUAUGGCAUUGUUGCACAAGAUACCGUCAUCCAUUGCGAGGGUGAGCCUAUUCAGCGCGAGGAUGAGGAGGGUAACCUCAACGAGGUCGGCUACGAUGACAUUGGUGGCUGCCGGAAGCAGAUGGCACAGAUCCGUGAAUUGGUGGAACUGCCCCUCCGUCAUCCCCAGCUGUUCAAGUCCAUUGGUAUCAAGCCACCUCGCGGUAUCCUCAUGUACGGCCCCCCCGGUACUGGUAAGACUCUGAUGGCUCGUGCCGUGGCGAACGAGACCGGCGCUUUCUUCUUCUUGAUCAACGGCCCCGAGAUCAUGUCCAAGAUGGCCGGUGAAUCCGAAUCGAAUCUGCGCAAGGCCUUUGAGGAGGCUGAGAAGAACUCCCCCGCCAUCAUCUUCAUUGAUGAGAUCGAUUCCAUCGCCCCUAAGCGUGAGAAAACCAAUGGUGAAGUUGAGCGCCGUGUCGUCUCUCAGCUCCUCACCCUAAUGGACGGUAUGAAGGCUCGUUCCAACGUUGUCGUCAUGGCCGCCACCAACCGUCCAAACUCUAUCGAUCCUGCUCUCCGUCGUUUCGGCCGUUUCGAUCGUGAGGUCGAUAUUGGCAUUCCCGACCCCACUGGCCGCCUGGAGAUUAUGCAGAUCCACACCAAGAACAUGAAGCUCGGAGAGGACGUUGACCUGGAGACCAUCGCCGCUGAGACCCAUGGUUACGUCGGCUCUGAUCUUGCGUCUCUCUGCUCUGAGGCUGCCAUGCAGCAGAUUCGUGAGAAGAUGGAUCUGAUCGAUCUGGACGAGGAUACUAUUGAUGCUGAGGUGCUCGACUCCCUUGGUGUCACCAUGGAGAACUUCCGUUAUGCCCUUGGCGUCUCCAACCCCUCCGCUCUUCGCGAAGUGGCUGUUGUCGAGGUGCCCAACGUUCGCUGGGAGGACAUUGGUGGUCUGGAGGAGGUCAAGCGCGAGCUCAUCGAGAGCGUGCAGUACCCUGUGGACCACCCCGAGAAGUACCAGAAGUUUGGUCUUUCGCCUUCCCGAGGUGUGCUGUUCUACGGUCCUCCUGGUACUGGUAAGACCAUGCUUGCCAAGGCCGUUGCUAAUGAGUGCGCUGCCAACUUCAUCUCCGUUAAGGGCCCUGAACUGCUCUCGAUGUGGUUCGGUGAGUCCGAGAGCAACAUUCGUGAUAUCUUUGAUAAGGCCCGUGCUGCCGCCCCUUGUGUCGUCUUCCUGGAUGAGUUGGAUUCGAUCGCCAAGUCUCGUGGUGGUUCUGUUGGUGACGCUGGUGGUGCCUCUGACCGUGUUGUCAACCAGCUCCUGACCGAAAUGGACGGUAUGACCUCCAAGAAGAACGUCUUCGUCAUUGGUGCGACGAAUAGACCCGAGCAGCUUGAUGCUGCCCUUGUCCGUCCUGGUCGUCUGGACACUCUUGUCUACGUUCCCCUGCCCGACCAGGCUUCCCGUGAGGGUAUCCUCAAGGCCCAGCUGCGCAAGACCCCUGUCGCAUCCGAUGUGGACUUGCCCUUCAUUGCAAGCAAGACCCACGGAUUCUCUGGUGCUGAUCUUGGAUUCGUUACUCAACGUGCUGUCAAGCUGGCCAUCAAGCAGUCUAUCACUGCUGAUAUUGAGCGCCAGAAGCAGCGUGAGGCCAACGGCGAGGAUGUCAAGAUGGAGGAAGAUGAGGAGGUCGACGAGGAGGAUCCUGUGCCGGAGCUUACCCGUGCGCACUUCGAGGAGGCCAUGAAGUCGGCCCGUCGGUCCGUCAGCGACGUGGAAAUCCGCCGUUACGAGGCUUUCGCUCAGAGCCUCAAGAACUCGGGCGGCAGCAGCUUCUUCCGCUUCCCCUCCGCAGGCGAGGUCCAGGACAACAACACGUUCGGUGAAGCCGGCAAUGACGACAGCCUCUAUGACUAA